GCGCAUUUCAACGGCUGAGUUACGACAUUAAUAACUGGCGGAAUAAUCGAACAAUUAACUGAAAGAAGCCUUCUGAUACCCUGUGUAGAAUGUGGUAGAAAUGGCUAUUGGUGUUCAUUUAACAAGAUUGGUGUAUAGAUACUAACACAACAGCGUUCUAUAUUGAAAAUGACUGUCCCAUCUCCAUACGACGAUAACCAACAACCACAGUUUGAUUUCGAAGAAGAGUAUGAAGAACUGAAUGCUCAACUGGAUGCAUUGUCAAGAUGUUUAGAUAUAUUAGAAGCAAAAGGUAAAAAAGUAUGCGACGAAGCUAAGCGUCUUGUUAUUGAAUACAGAAGUCAAAACUAUGAAACAUCAUCUUGAAUUAUUUUCAACAUAAACUCACCACAUAAAUAUUCUACGUAUUUCUUUUUCAUUCAUAACACUUAAUUUCUCGAAAAAUACUUUAAUUGUAAUUGAUUUUUUUAUUUGAUUUGUCGAAUAACCGGUUUCAUUAUGUUGCAAUACUUUUAUUUACACAUCUUCAAGUGAUUAAUGAAGUUUUAUUAGACGGUUAUUCAUACUAAUUAUAUAAUAUGUACCUCAGACUUCUUAUAUGUACUGUUUUAUUAACUGGCAAAGUGAACUAACGACUAUAUAGGUAGAUGAAUAUGCAAUUUUCAAUACGAAUUAUGCUAUCAUAUUCGAGACAUUUUGUUGUUUAUUCAAAUUUGAAGAUAAUGAUUUUCAGCGAUAAUAAUAAUUAUUAUACGGAAACCGGGAAUUGAAUUAAAUUCACUUCACUAUUGGUAAGCAUCACUUAUACUAUGGAACUUGAUGACAAACAUAGAUUUGAAUCCAUCAUCAUUAUCGAUUCAUCUAAUCUGAUGAUGUGUUUUAAUGAAAUUACGGAACAACAACAACCCUUAGAUAAGUGAGUAUCCAAACUAAACUUGAUAAUAAUAUUUGGUGCUAUUGGAGUAGAAACUUACAAUUUUUAAAGUAUUACACUUAAAGUCAACAAAUUGAAAUAAACAGUAUUUUGUAUUUGCUUAUAUAUAUAUAUAUAUAUAUAUAUAUAUA